CCCCCCCCCCCCAUUGAGCACUGAGUCAGGGAACAGCUCUCGCGGCGCCCUCGCUUUCCCUGUACUCUUGAUUACGACUGGACACGCUGACUCUGGUAGUCGGUAACGACCUCUGGCAACAAGUCUUGGACGGGACGCCAAUUCCCACCACCCUGCAAACGUUAUGGCUGUGAUGACUGAGCAUCCGGUCGACGGCGGCCUUCCUACUGUGUCGCUUCCUCUGGAUAUCUAUGCAGCUCACCCCAAAGACCCGUCCAACUCGACGUCUGAGUGGUCGUAUACGGAGUCGCGCGCAUCGACCCCCGACCUCGGUGGUGCGACCCCGCGUGCUUGGGACGAGAAAGCUUCUAGCGAGGGCCGUGAAAAGCAAGACGACAAUUCCUUCGUGGGCAUCGGCCUGCUCCCGGACGAUGUGUACGUCCGGACGAUGAGCAGCUGGAGGGCUGCCAUCCGCCGGCGCGUGCGCGCAAAUGUUGAGUGGGAGUCCAAGGUCAUAGCGAACAUGCAGGAGCGUGUCCGCCGACCCAUCCUUGAUAAUUACUUUGUGUAUACGUCGUCCCUCGGUACACACACAUUCUUCAUGAUCACUCUCCCCGCGUUCGCGUUCUUCGGACGUGUCGAUGUAGCCCGUGGUUUGCUCAUGGUCCUUGCCCUUGGCGUCUACGUCGCUUCUUUCGUGAAGGAUCUUGUCUGCGCGCCUCGCCCUUUCGCCCCUCCAGUCGCCCGUCUAACGAUGGGCAACCAUCAUCUUGAGUACGGCUUCCCCUCGACACAUUCGACGAACAGUGUUUCGAUCGCGUUGUUCUUCUUCCAACUCCUCCAUCGCCUUUACAAGACACCAACUAUGGUCUCCACUACCACGUACUACAUGCUGUCGGGCGUGCUCCUCUUUUACAUGUUCUCGAUCGUGUAUGGGCGAUUGUACACGGGCAUGCACUCGUUCACAGACUGCAUCAUGGGGGUAUCCCUUGGAGCGGCGAUCUGGGCUCUGAGUCUCGUAUGCAGUGAUGGUUUGCAUGAUUGGAUCAGAGACUCCGGCUGGAUUGUGCCCGUGGUCGUGAUUCCGCUAUGCCUUCUGCUCGUGCACUGGCAUCCGCAACCGAUCGACGAUUGUCCAUGCUUUGAGGAUGCGAUUGCGUUCGUUUCCGUCAUUAUGGGGGAGGUCCUGUCCCGAUGGUACAUGCUGCACCACGGCUAUGACGACAGCUACUUUGUGCGGGUGAUGCCCGGCUGCAUUUGGGGAGGUUGGGUCGACAUGUUCACCUGGUGGUCCAUGGCCGUUGUGAAGAUGGUUUUAGGGAUCCUCAUCAUCUUCAUGUGGCGUAUUUUCGCGAAAACGGUCAUGCACACUGUCCUGCCGCCGAUUUUCCGUCUGCUCUCGCAAGCGUUCACACUACCGCAUCGCCGCUUCUACACGCCCGCGACCGACUACAAAAACGUCCCCCCGGAGAAAGGGCUGCACCCUAUCCCGUCUGUGAUCGACCUGCCGAGUAUGAUCGAGAUGGAGAUGGACGGCGGCGGCUCGAGCGGUGCCAGUCUCGCCGCGCCGGGUGGUAUUUACGGACAGUAUAAUAUGAAGCUGCGCGGUUCCAAAGGCAGGGACAAGAGCGCCAGCUCCAUGUCAGAGAAGAAGGUGGGGCUGGGCUUCGACAUGGAGGAGUAUGCCGGAAAGCAGGACGAAGUGGUCAAACACUACGAUGCUGACGUGCUCACGAAGGUCGUUGUAUACAGCGGGAUAGGAAUGCUCGCGUGCGGGUUGAUCCCAGUGCUGUUCGAGGUGCUGGGAUGGGGUCUGUGAGCGAGUUGGGCCGACACAACCCCGACGUCUAGAAUAUCGCUGGGUCCGCGAGGAGAAUGAGGUGUUAUUUAUUUAUAAUACUUACAGCCGUCGCGAUCGAGUACCACCGAACCGUCGUGAUGUAUUACUGUCUAUUGGAUGCUACGUAGUUGUACCUGUAUCCUACUACCCAUACCCAAUUUUCCAUGUCCUGACGUGUCUCAUGUUUUAACUUGCA